AGACUAAUCAACAUUAUUAAAAAUAAAAAAAUAUAGGGAGUAGAAUAAAAACAACGCAAUAUAUAGUACCUUUCAAAGUUAGGUUUACAUUAUGGCGGAUAUUAUGUCUAUGACUCUAAUACAAGAGGAAUAUGAUAAGAUAAAAGGAAAUUUGGAUGAUAUCAAUCAAUCUAUCAAAAAAUAUACUUGGAGCCGAAAUGAUAAUCUGAAUUCUAACAAAAUAACCUCUUUGCAUGAAGAAAAUAAUAAAUUUCCUAAGAAAGAAUCACAGCACAUAUUUAAUGAAUUUGAUCAUAUAGUUGUUGACAAUGAUGAAGCAAUAACUGAAGAUGAAUCUGAGGAUAUUUCUAAGCCAAUUAUUAAUUCUAUGAUUGUUCAAGUUAAUAAUUCAAUUAAAUCUCGUGAUGAUUUCAUUGACACACAUAAAAAUAUAAAUUUAAUUGCUAGAAAUAAAAGGAUGUUUGGUCAUUUAUUAGGAACAUUAACUCAAUUUAAAAAAGAUUCAGAUCAAGCUAAAGAAAAAAGUAGAGCCACUUUAAGAACUGAAAUUGAAAGAAAAUUAGAAGAUAAGGCAAAUCAGGAGAAACAAGAUUUGUUAUUAGAAAAACGACAAUUAUUUACUCAACAAAAACAAGCUAAAAAUAGAAUGAAAGCUUUAGAAAUAAAAAUUGAAAUAUUGAAAUUGGAAGAAGCAUGGGAAGAAUACCAAAAUCAGAUGAAAAGAUUUGUUAAGACUCAGACCCAUCCAAAUAUAUUUUAUUUACCUGCUCUUAUGAACCUUGAAAUGCAAUCUAAAUUAGAUACUAGUACUAAUAAAAUUGAAGAGUCAAUACUAGAAAGGCGAUCAAUAAUAGAAAAUGAACUUAAAAAAUUGGAUGAACCAUUAUUUUUUAGAAAUUUAAGAGUUAAUUCAGAUAAAUAUGAAAAUGAUAGUAAUCAAAAUGAAAAUAUGGUUAAUAAUAAUAAUACAUAUGACCUAUUAGAAGAUAUUACAAAAAAACAUAUUCAAAUCAGUUAUAAUUUCCAAGAUAAUAAAUUAGGGGAUCAAUCUUCUAUUAAAUCGACAAUGGAUGAAUUUGAUAACAAUAGUAAUGGAUUAUUUGACAAAAAUGCUAAAGAUCAAAUACCCUCAUAUAAUAGCAUAAAUUAUGCAAUAUUUCAAUUCAAAAGAGGGCUUGAGAGAAAAAUUAGAGUAUUGGAAAAUGAAAAAAUUGCAGUAAAAAUUAACAAAGAAAAUUAUUAUAAUGAUAAAGAUGAAAAAAGAAAACACAUUGAUGUGAGAAAAAGUGUUAAAAAGCCUAAAGAUGAUGACAAGCAUAAAAGAUCAAAAAAGUUAUCAAUUCUAAAAUCCGAAGUUCCUAUAGGUGGCACUGCUCUUACUAUUGUCGAUUCUAUAUCUUCACAACAAAUCUCUAAAAAUUUAAAUGGCAUUGUAAGCAAAAACAAUGAACAUAUUUCAUCUUAUAACCAAACAGUUUUCAAAAAUAUAUUUCCAGCCUAUAAUAUUUGAAAUCAAAGAAAGAAUAAAAUAACCAAGAAAAUUGAUACUUACUUCAUUAUAUCGCAAAUGGUAAUUUGCUGCAAUGUAAAUAUAAAAAAUAGGGAUAGUUUACUUUUUAUUAUUACUUAUAAAAUGGCAAUUCAUUUAAUCUGGGUUUUUUAUGAUUUUGAUGUAAAAAAUAAGUACAGUUUUUAUUGUGUUAUACUUUUGACACCACAUAAUGUAUGAUAUAAUAAAUAAAUUUUAUUCAACUUUUCUGUUAUACAAAUUAUGAUAUCUUUUAAAAAUUAUAGAAAAAGUACAUAUUGCCAAAUCAUUCUGUCAAACAACUCCCCCUCAGAUUUUUUUGUAGAAUAUGUAAAAAUAAUAAAAUUUUUGCAUUCAAAAAAUAAAAACUAAACUAGAAGUCUGCGCAAUCUGUCCUGCUGGUCGGAGAAAAAUAUUUAGGGCUGGGCUGGACAAAUUGUAUAAAAUAUUUUUGCAGGUAUUAUGUUUAUUGUUCAAAAUACAACCCCAAACCACUAUUUCAUGUUCAUAAUUUUAUUUCCAUAUUAAAGACAAUAACAUAUAUAUAUCUCACGUGACACACAUCU